AUGGAAUCUUUGAAGUUGUUGUCUUUACUGCGAGAAUGCACCAAUGCCAAGUCUCUAAGACAAGUAAAGCUUCUUCACCAGAGAAUACUCGCGGUUGGGUUGCAGAGCGACGUCGUUCUUUGCAAAAGUCUCAUCAAUGUCUACUUCGCUUGUAAGGACCAUUGCUCGGCGAGACUCGUCUUCGAGAAGAUCGAUGUCCAAUCGGAUGUCUACCUCUGGAACUCACUCGUGUCCGGGUACGCAAAGAACUCCAUGUUCCACGAAGCUCUUGAGGUAUUCAGGAGAUUACUGAAUUGCACAAUUUGCGUCUCUGAUUCUUACACAUACCCAAACGUGAUUAAGGCCUAUGGUGCGCUGGGAAGAGAGUUUCAUGGUAGAAUGAUUCAUAGCCUUCUGGUGAAGAGUGGGCAUGUCUGUGAUGUGGUCGUGGCAAGCUCUUUGGUCGGCAUGUACGCAAAGUUUAAUUUAUUUGAAAAUUCAGUACAAGUGUUCGACGAAAUGCCUGAGAGAGAUGUUGCGUCUUGGAACACGGUUAUAUCCAGUUUUUAUCAAAGCGGGGAGGCAGAGAAGGCUCUGGAGUUAUUCGGAAGUAUGGAAAGCUCUGGCUUUGAACCAAAUUCAGUGUCACUGACAGUAGCAAUAUCAGCGUGCUCGAGGUUGUUGUGUUUGGAGAGAGGGAGGGAGAUCCAUAGAAAAUAUGUGAAGAAAGGGUUCGAGUCAGAUGAGUAUGUAAACUCUGCCCUUGUAGAUAUGUAUGCGAAAUGUGGCUGCUUGGAGAUGGCUAGAGAGGUUUUUCAGCAAAUGCCUAGAAAGAGUUUGGUUGCUUGGAAUUCUAUGAUCAGAGGUCAUGUCGCUAAAGGAGAUAGUAAGUCUUGUGUUGAGCUUUUGAAUAGAAUGAUCAUAGAAGGAACUCGACCAAGUCAAGCAACCUUGACCAGCAUUCUGAUGGCUUGCUCUCGGUCAUGGAAUGUCCUACAUGGAAAAUCCGUACACGGUUAUGUGAUUAGGAGCAUUGUAGAUCCAGAUAUCUAUUUUGACUGUUCCCUGAUUGAUCUUUACUUCAAGUUUGGUGAAGUAAAGUUGGCUGAAACCGUCUUCGCAAAGACACAGAAGGCCGUCGUUGAGUCCUGGAAUGUUAUGAUCUCUGGAUAUGUCAGUGUAGGUAAUUGGUUUAAGGCUAUUGAAGUGUUUGACCAAAUAGUUAGUGUUGGAGUGAAGCCAGACGUAGUAACUCUCACAAGUGUUUUACCUGCUUGUUCGCAACUGGCUGCAUUAGAGAAAGGCAAGCGAAUUCAUUUGAUCAUUAAAGAGAGUAGGCUCCAAACAGAUGAGUUGCUGAUGAAUGCACUUCUUGACAUGUAUUCUAAAUGCGGCGAUGUAAAAGAGGCUUCUAGAAUUUUUAAAAGUAUACGAGUUAAGGAUGUAGUGUCCUGGACAGUAAUGAUCUCUGCGUAUGGAUCUCAUGGUCAACCCAGAGAAGCGCUUUACCAUUUUGAUGAAAUGCAGAAGUUUGGUGUAAAACCCGAUGAGGUUACUUUUCUUGCUAUGCUCUCAGCAUGUGGUCAUGCUGGGUUUAUUGAUGAAGGUGUAAAGUUAUUCAACCAGAUGAGAUCCAAGUACGGAAUCGAGCCUAGUAUUGAACACUACUCGUGCUUGAUUGACAUUCUUGGCCGAGCAGGUCGGUUGCUUGAAGCUUACGACAUUCUUCAACAAAAACCGGAGACAAGAGAUAAUGCAGAGCUUCUCAGAACUCUCUUCUCUGCCUGUUGCUUGCACCGGGAUUAUUCACUGGGAGAUAGAAUCGCAAGAUUGCUUGUGGAGAAAUAUCCAGAUGAUGCAUCAACCUACACUGUCUUGCUCAAUUUGCAUGCUUCUGGUGAGUCAUGGGAUGCAGCAAGGCUAAUCAGAUUGAAGAUGAAAGAAAUGAGACUGAAGAAGAAACCGGGUUGCUGCUGGAUUGUGAUUAAUGAACAACUGUGGCACUUCUUUGCUGAGGACAUGUGUCAUCCACAUUCUGAUAACAUUUAUGAAUGUCUUGCACUUUUAAGUGGUCACAUGGAAGCUGGUCAUGUGUCAUCCACAUUCUGA